AUGCUCGAGAAGCAGGAGGAGCCCGAUACGCGCUCGCUGUCGGAGCGCAUCGUCGCUUGGUUGACGCAUGUGUACCUACCGCAGGGGUAUCCGCAUACCACUACGCCGGAUUAUAUCUCGUUUACAAAGUACCGCACGCUUCAGAACCUCGCCUCGGCUAUCAUGUCCGUCAUCUCCACGGAAGCACUGCUGUUCGGCCUGGGGCUCGGGAAAACCGUCGCCGCGAGCGCGGCGGCGAUUAGUUGGGUACUAAAGGACGGCGCUAGUUACUUGGUGAAGAUCGGUUAUGGAGGUACGUUUGGCUCCAAGUUUGACGAUGACCCUAAGAGUUGGCGCAUUGCCGCAGACAUUGUCGAGGAUAUCGGUGGCGCUAUUGAGAUCUGCACACCGUUGUUUUCGCUCGCCUACUUCCUACCACUCGCUUCGUUGGCGGUUUGUUUGAGGGGUAUGUCUGCGAUGACUGGCACGGCCACACGUCAUGUCGUUUAUCGCUCGCUAGCUACUAGUGGCAUGCAGAAUACGGGCGAUAUCGCCACCAAAGGGGAGAGCCAGGGCGUCACCAUGAAAAUGCUUGGCCUUGGCACGGGCGUUCUUGUAUCCUCGCGGAUCGGCCAGAAUUACUAUGCUUUGCUCGCUGCCUAUGCUUCACUGGCCGUGGUGCAUAUCGUUGCGAAUUGGCGCUCAGUUCAGUGCGUUCAGUUUUCCUUCUUUAACAAGCAGCGCGCUUCCCUCGUCAUCGACAGUCAUCUCAACGGUGAACAGCUGCCGAGUCCGUAUGAUGUGUCGCAUACGGAGAAGAUUGUGCUCCCGCCGUGGCUUGGUUUUCAACCUGCCGUUAAGAUUGGAGUUCCAGUUACCGAUGCUGUCUCGAGCUCGGAGCAGUUGCGGCAGGCGAUAAAGCUGUUUAGGGGAGAGAAGUUUUUGAUUCUCACUCAGGAUGAAGGCAAGAAAGUCAGGGUACUUUUGAGGCCGGAAGCGACUUCUAGGGAUGCGUUGAAGGCAUACUACACGAUCAAGAAGUAUAUGCAGUCAAAUUCUUUGUCGCCUGACAAGCUUGCAGAGUCGUACAAGUAUAUGAAGCGCAACUUAUCCAAUUUUGAAAGCAAAGCAGCCGCGGCUGGCUGGGACACCAGACAUAUGCUCCUGACUGAUGGGAGGAGUCGAGUAAAAUGGUGA